CCAUAGUAUAACAUAUAUCUGCUGAGGGGAGAGUGAGAAACUCGCCCAUAAUCAAGAUGAGCCUUUUUUGGUUUCUAGUUUUCUCUUCACAUCUUGCAAUAGCAUCUUCUCUUGCAGAAUAUGAAGAUAAUGAUUUAAGGCACAAGCAAGCUGGCAUGCAGCUCAAUUUGUACCAUGUUACAAGUCUUGACUCCUCUCUGACAUCCACAACGCCAUUUUUAUUCUUUGACAUGUUCACAAAAGAUGAGGAGCGUGUGAGGUAUUUUCAUUCCAGAUUAGGUUACAAGGUGGAUGUCACCAAUUCAGGUACUACUACCUCUUCCCAUAAAGAGGGGGAACCAAAACUCUUGAGCACACCAUUGAAAUCAGGUUUGUCAAUUGGGUCAGGCAAUUACUAUGUGAAAAUAGGACUUGGGACCCCUGCUAAGUAUUUCAGCAUGAUUGUAGACACUGGUAGCUCCCUCUCCUGGCUCCAGUGCCAUCCUUGUAUUAUAUUCUGCCAUGAACAGGUUGACCCUAUAUUCAAUUCUUCCACAUCUAAGACCUACAAAGCCUUGCCAUGUUCAUCCUCUCAGUGUUCCUCUCUCAAGGUUUCCACACUCAAUGCUCCCACUUGUUCAAGAGUAUCUCGUUCUUGUGUGUACAAAGCAAGUUAUGGUGAUUCUUCUUUCUCAAUUGGUUAUUUGAGUCAAGAUGUGCUAACCUUAACUCCAUCAGAGACACUAUCAAGUUUUGUAUAUGGGUGUGGACAGGACAAUCAAGGGUUGUUUGGAAGGGCUGCAGGUAUUAUAGGUCUAGCCCAUGACAAGCUCUCCAUGCUUGCACAAUUAUCCAGCAAAUAUGGCUAUGCCUUCUCCUAUUGUCUUCCCACAUCUUUUUCUUCACCUAACUCUUCCAAGGAAGGUUUCUUAUCCAUUGGAAGCUCAUCAUUGACACCAUCAUCAUCAUACAAGUUCACUCCCUUGGUUAAGAAUCCAAAGAUUCCCUCCUUAUAUUUUCUGGAUUUAACAGCUAUUACUGUGGCAGGAAGGCCACUGGUAGUGGCUGCCUCAAGUUACAGGGUCCCUACUAUCAUAGAUUCUGGUACAGUAAUUACAAGGCUACCUAUGCCUGUUUAUACAGCACUGAAAACAGCUUUUGUAAACAUCAUGUCCAAAAAGUAUGCACAGGCCCCAGGAAUUUCUAUAUUGGAUACUUGUUUUAAGGGUAGUGUCAAAGGUAUGUCAGCAGUGCCUGAUAUUCAGAUGAUAUUUCAUGGGGGUGCUGACCUAACACUUAAGGCUCAUAACACCCUUCUAGAACUUGAGAAGGGAAUUACUUGUUUGGCCAUUGCUGCUAGCUCUGGAACUGACCCCAUUGCCAUUAUUGGGAAUUAUCAACAACAGACAUUUAAGGUGGCUUAUGAUGUUGCCAAUUCCAAGAUUGGAUUUGCAGCUGGUGGCUGCCAGUGAUUUCAAGCACUUGUUUCUUCACCAAAGCUGGCUCUGGAUACAAUUUUAUCAAAUGUUGUUUGCAAAUAUAUAAAUUAUAAUAAAGGCCAUAGACUGCU